GUCUAGGUGGAGGCCGCAGGAGGCCUAGGACAAGCAGAGGCAGCAAUGAUUGGUCCUGACGGUGGCUGAGCCCCCAGCCCCUGGAAUAUGCAGCCCGGGGGAGCCCCAGGCAAGGACGCGGUGGCGGAGUGGGGCGGGAGGCAUGGUCUCCACCUACCGGGUGGCUGUGCUGGGGGCACGAGGUGUGGGCAAGAGUGCCAUCGUGCGCCAGUUCUUGUACAACGAGUUCAGCGAGGUCUGUGUGCCCACCACCGCCCGCCGCCUCUACCUGCCUGCUGUGGUCAUGAACGGCCAUGUGCACGACCUCCAGAUCCUAGACUUCCCGCCCAUCAGCGCCUUCCCUGUCAACACACUGCAGGAGUGGGCAGAUGCCUGCUGCAGGGGACUCCGGAGCGUCCACGCCUACAUCCUGGUGUACGACAUCUGCUGCUUUGACAGCUUCGAGUACGUCAAAACCAUCCGCCAGCAGAUCCUGGAGACAAGGGUGAUCGGCACCUCGGAGACCCCCAUCAUCAUCGUGGGCAACAAGCGGGACCUGCAGCGCGGGCGCGUGAUCCCGCGCUGGAACGUGUCGCACCUGGUGCGGAAGACGUGGAAGUGCGGCUACGUGGAGUGCUCGGCCAAGUACAACUGGCACAUCCUGCUGCUCUUCAGCGAGCUGCUCAAGAGCGUCGGCUGCGCCCGCUGCAAGCACGUGCACGCCGCCCUGCGCUUCCAGGGCGCGCUGCGCCGCAACCGCUGCGCCAUCAUGUGAC